AGUCUCAACGUGAAGCUCAAAGUGUUUGAUUCACACAAAUCUUGCGGACGUUAUCGCGUCAUGUUGACCCAACUAAUCUUGCUUGGAUCAGUGGUUGCUGCUGCCGCCGCUGCGCAAUUUAGUUACGGCAAGUGUGAGGUGAAGAAGAGUAAGGAGCCUGGAUUAUGCAUACACAUACGGAACUGCCCAUUUCUCGACGAGAUACUCAAAGUCGAGCAACAAACAGACGAACAGCGUCAACUGCUCUCCGAUAGCCAAUGUGGGCUGGAUAAUACGCGUCAAACGACUUUGGUCGAACGCAUUCUAGUUUGCUGCCCCGAAAGCAAACGCACAAUGCAGGCCAUAAGCCCUCCUGCCGGAUCGCCGCCAACCGCAAGUCGCUCUGGAGAGGAGCCGGGCAACGUUCUGCCAAGCAUUGGCACCUGUGGUACAAUGUUUGAAAAUCGUAUUUUAGGCGGCCUUAAUACAUCACUCUACGAAUUCCCAUGGAUGGUACUGGUGCAGUACACAAACCCCCGAAAUGAGAUGGGCUUCCUCUGCGGCGGCACAUUGAUCAAUUCGCGCUACGUGCUGACUGCCGGACACUGCUUGAAAAGCACAAAGCUGGAUAUGGGUAACUGGAAGAUGCACAGAGUGCGUCUGGGCGAAUGGGACACAACCACCUCACCCGACUGCGAAGUGCUGACUAAUAAGAAGCGCACUUGCGCACCCAUGCACCUUGACAUUGAGGUGGAGGACCAGAUUAUGCAUGAACAAUAUGUGCCAAAUUCAAUUGAUCAGUUGAACGACAUUGCGCUACUGCGACUCAAGGAAACGGUCAGCUAUACAGAAAGUGUGUUGCCCAUUUGUUUGCCAGUUGCCGAAGAUGUGCGCAAUAAGAAUUAUGAGGGCUUUGCCAUGGAAGUGGCGGGCUGGGGUGUCACCGAGGAUGGCACGCCUAGUUCUCGUAAGAAAAAAAUCACCGUGGAUGUGUGGGCCCUUAAGGAAUGCCAGAACAAAUAUCGUUCCUAUCAGAGACAUAUAAGUGGCUCGCAGCUAUGCUCCGGCGGCAAAGUCAACAUUGAUACCUGCCAAGGUGAUUCCGGAGGCCCACUAAUGAUAAAAAGCGAUGUGGGCGAGCAGCAAGUUUUCUUUGUGACCGGUGUCGUCUCAUAUGGCCCAACGCCGUGCGGCCUGCAAGGAUGGCCUGGUGUCUACACGCGAGUCGGCAACUACAUUGAUUGGGUGGAGACGAAACUGAAAGCAUAAUCUGAUGUAUAACUUUGAUAAAUAAAAUUGAUAAUUUAUUAUAA